AUGCGGCCACAGACUCCACCCAAACCCACCUCGCCCGUGUCCAUACCCAAGUCUUCGCUCAGACAGAACCCGUCACCGCCCGCACAACAGACGAUACGCGCCCGCUCAAGUCAAAUCUUCCGCCCCACGACACGACCUACCGUACCACAGAACGAGUUUGGAAGCUGGGAUCCACCUCCGCUGUUCCAGGCAUUCCCGCAGUCCUUGAAGCACGCAACAGUACAGGCAUGUGUUUUUGCUCCAGAAGUUCUAAUGAGAUCCCAAAGUCAGAGACGGCAAGCCGAUUCGCUUCGAGAGAGGAUGGACAGCCAGCGCGACCUGUCUUCAAUCACCGAGAACGUCAUCGAGACAAAGAAGAUGGAGAGAACACACAGACGACUCAUGUCCAACUCAGUCUUGCACCCGCCAAUCCCCGAGCUUGUGAACAAGAUUUACAUCUUGGUUACUUCCGGAUUCGUACUUCAGUAUGCUGGUGACGGGCCCUUUGACAGGUUGCCAGAGAAGGUGCUCAAGCUGGGCAAAGAAUCAGCGGCAUUCGCAUGCGAUCUCAUUCCUGGCAAACACUGGGUGCUGCAGAUCUCCAGCCAUGCUACCGAUGAUGGGACUUUCGAGACGGGCCCAAAGAGCUCUCUCCUGGCUCGUCUGCGAUCGCAAAACGUCACUAUGCGCAAGGCAGCGACUAGCUUUCUGUUGGUCCUUGAGAGUGCAGAAGAGAUGGAUGCAUGGAUGACUACGGUGCGAAAGGAGAUUGACAAUCUUGGUGGCAUGAAGGCAAAGGAUGAUUUGGUUAGGGCUUCUUCUUCCACGGACGAUUUUAGAGGGAAAGCUUCCUCCGAGACGACCGCUACGCAACACCGCGAACCGCACAUUGUCAGCAGGGCCGCCCCAGUUGAUUCGUUAUACUCGACAUCACCCAAGAUCGUCACCUCCGAUUGGGAAGCGCAUCAAGCUGAACAAUCAAAACGUAGCAUCGACUCAUCCAGUGGACAGUCCGCUCGGUACAACAACAGUCGGCUGUCCGUCGAGGUGUCAUCCGUCGCUUCAACGCCCAUUUCUCAACAUCAGAUACAACUGGACCAACUCCGCGGCCGUUCAAGACAUUCUUUCAUGUCCACAACGACGACGGGUUCUGGUACCGGUACUCGAAAUACCUCGCGCGAAUCGUCCCCAGCUCCACAAUCGCCCCUCAAGGAAGAAUUUGGGUCAGCUAGCGAGCAUGAACCUCUUCGGAGCGCCAUGUCUCUGCGAUCGUUCCACAUGAACCCUGCCAACACAAUGUCCUCCCGACGCAGGUCGAUGCAACCUCUGCCCAUCACUGAUGAGAACUUCCCCCAGGCCAUCAAGACGCCCCCAAACAGCAAGCGACAUUCACUUGCUAGUCCAACUUCGGCGACCACACCAGAACUUGGAGCACCUUUUGUUGUACGUCCACCAAUGCCAAAGGUCAGCACACCUCCCGCGAUCGAAGAGGUUGCUCCGGUUAGUGAGCCCAUUACGGCGGCACGCGCGUCACCUCCCCAGGUCAAGAUCGAUGUUCCUGAGCAACCCAGUGAUGAAAAUGUGCCCACACGCGAGGAUAGCCCAGUAAGAUUCAAUGCGCCUACUUACACUGCACCGCCUCGGAGGGAUGUGAUUUCACCACCGCCAAAAGAUCGUGCUCCUGUACCUCCACCACAAGCUCGUCAACCGCUCGCGGGCUCUUCUCCUACAUUCGUCGCAGGUCCAGCGCCUCUGUAUGCCUCCACCAAUGUAGACAGGUCUGCACGUCGAACAUCAGCGUCUCCGAAGCCUUUCCUUCGACCAUUCCCAGUUCGCCCCCAGGCCCAACAUGGUGAUUCGACAACUAUAGUGGAGAGGCGUCAAUCGUCUCUUACUGCACCUUUUACACUAUCUCUGCCGAUCAAGGUCAACCGAUCAGUGACUGCGCCUAUCAGGCCUCCUUCGGCCGCGUCCAACAUGACUCCAAUCUCAAAGCCCCAUAGUCUACAAGUUGGACCGACCGUCUUGCGUCGCCCAGCUUCAGUUCAGAUUCGUCCUGCCAACUCGGCGGCCUUUACAUCAUCUCGUCCAGUGCUCGCAAUCUCUUCAACGCCUUCUUUUGUCCCUGGUCGGAGAAUGUCAAACGUACCCAACCCAGCUACAACUGCCCACAAACCAACACCUAGUGUCGAGAUGCUAAGGCAAAAGGCGUUCCAAGAACAGCUUCAGCAGAGAACCAUCACCCCAAAGCGUAGUUUUGCAUCCAUGGGUCUACCACCGCCAGCUCCACCGCCUACUGUGCCUCUUCCUUCUCCACCUCGCAAUCUCGCCUUGCCCACCCCACCACCUACGAUGCCGCUUCCUCCGCCGCCACAGAGCAUGGGUCUCCCGGCGCCGCCUCCAAACAUGCCACUCCCUCCAACACCCCCGGAAGUAGCAUUGAGAGGAACCGCCAUCUAA